GUAUCUGUUUGUUUUUUGUUUCAAAGAGCUGGCAAAAUGAUAGGCUGUGCUCUUCUUCUGGAAAGGCCUGAUUGGUAGGAUUCCUUUCAAAAGGCUCAGCCCCAACUUGUCCCCUCACCAACUUGAAAACCGAAGCUUGCCAAGGACCUGUGCAGGAGAACGUGCUGGGAUCUUGCAUUUCUCACAAAUGGCUAACGCUGGAGGUGACGCUUUCUGCAACAGAACUUUCCACAAUCACAAGAAACAGAGCGAUGGCUCGCCAAGUGGAAACUGCAGGAAGAGUGGGAUGGUGAAAGAAGCCCAGGAAAAUGGGAAGCCACAUUUUAAUCAUGAGCUAAUGGUUGAAUCCUUUGAGGAAGCACCUCUUCACAUUAUUGUUUUCACAUACUUAAGUUAUGGACUUCUUUCCCUGUUUGGCUAUCUCAGAGACUUUUUGAGAUACCACGGAUUUGAAAAAUGCAACUCGGCCGUAGAGCGGGAACAACAAACAGAUUUUGUGCCGCUGUAUCAAGACUUUGAGAAUUUUUACAGUCGGAAUGUUUACCUGCGAAUCAGAGACAGCUGGAACCGGCCCAUCUGCAGUGCCCCAGAUGUUCGGUUUGACUUGAUGGAGAGGGUAUCAGAUGACUACAACUGGACAUUUAGAUAUACUGGAAGAAUUAUCAAAGAUGCCAUCAACUUGGGCUCCUAUAACUACCUUGGCCUCGCAUUCAAGUAUGAUGACUCUAUGAGGACAGUAAAGGAUGUCUUAGAGACCUACGGCGUGGGGAUUGGCAGCACCAGAUGUGAAAUGGGUACCUUGGAUAAGCAUAAAGAGUUAGAGGACCUUGUGGCUAAGUUCCUGAAUGUAGAAGCGGCUAUGGUCUUUGGGAUGGGCUUCGCAACUAACGCAAUGAAUAUUCCUGCGCUAGUUGGAAAGGGAUGCCUCAUUUUAAGUGAUGAGUUGAACCAUGCAUCUCUUAUCCUUGGGGCCCGACUCUCAGGUGCAAUCAUAAGGACCUUCAAACACAACGACAUGCAAAACCUAGAGGAGCUCCUGAGAGAUGCUAUAAUCUAUGGCCAACCUCGAAUCCACAGAGCUUGGAAAAAGAUUCUCAUCCUGGUGGAAGGCAUCUACAGCAUGGAAGGUUCCAUUGUGAAUCUGCCCCAGAUCGUGGCUCUGAAGAAGAAAUACAAGGCUUACCUCUACCUUGACGAGGCUCACAGCAUUGGAGCCAUUGGCCCCACUGGCCGAGGUGUCUUGGAUUACUUUGGAGUGGACCCCAGUGAUGUCGAUGUGUUGAUGGGCACAUUCAGCAAAAGCUUCGCAGCCUGUGGAGGUUACCUAGCUGGAAAGAAGGAACUUGUGGAUCAUCUACGGGCUUGUUCGCAUAGUGCCGUUUACGCCACAUCCAUGAGUCCCCCAGUGGCAGAGCAGAUCAUCAGAUUGUUGAAGUUCGUCAUGGGGCUAGACGGAACCAGGCAAGGGUUGCAGAAAAUACAGCAACUUGCAAAAAACACAAGAUACUUCAGACAGAGAUUGAAGGAAAUGGGGUUCAUUAUUUAUGGCAAUGAUGACUCUCCGAUUAUCCCCCUGCUCCUGUACAUGCCUAGCAAAACUUCGGCUUUUGCUAGGCAUCUGCUAAAGAAAAAAAUUGGAGUAGUGGUUGUUGGAUUUCCAGCCACUCCCCUCGCAGGAGCUCGGGCUCGCUUUUGUGUAUCUGCAUCACAUACCAAGGAUAUGUUAGACACGGUCUUAGAAGCCAUUAAUGAGAUGGGUGAUCUCCUGAAUGUGAAGUAUUCCCAUCAGGGGAAGUCGGCGCAUCCUGAACUCCACGACGAGACAAGGUUUGAACUCAACGAUUAAGUUUCCCCGUCCUGAAUGGAAGAUAAAGGCUUUGCCAGAAAGACCUCCCUCCCUGCCUGAAAAGGAAUAUAAACGGAUUUCUCCUCCUUUCUAAGGACAAUUUUGGUUUUCAGAUCUUAAUUGAACUAAAAGAGUCAUUGUUGUAUUUUGAAUGUCUACAACUUGAGGCU